AGGACCCAGAGAUCCAGCUGGGUUGAGAGUUCAUCAUAGAGCAGUUACUACAGAUCACCAGCCUCAUGGACACGGCCGACGCCUCAUCUAGGAAAGCCCUGGAGACCCUAAUGCACAACAUGCUGAUGGCAGACCACGUCAGUCACAGGCUAGUAAAACCGAUCGUCGCGCGGAUCUGCGCACUUCGUGGUACGGCGGAGGCCAUGAUCGCGUAUUUCGCAGAGAUUGUGUCUGAAAUCCGUGAACCUAUCACGGUGGUUGAGAAGGACAUUGAAUCUGAGAAGCAACGACAGAUCAACCUGAAGAUCGUGCCAGGCAUACAGAACGAGGAUGCUGAAGUGCGUAACACGGCCAUCCAGGCCCUGGGACUGUGCUGCUACCUGAGCAAGGACCUGCUAGUCACCUACAUUCCUCUUUUUAUGCAGGCUUCCCAAAUCGAGGUGGAAGGCGUACAAGUGACGGCUCUGCAAAUUCUCUUCGACCUGCUGCUCAUCUUCGGCCUGAACAUAGUUGACGCUAGCGAGACCUCGUCAUCUGGGUCCGCCGACAACGGCCCCCAGACGAGCGAACAGGAUGCCAGUAGUGUGGAGAAGGCGAGCGAUGAACGUAACGGGACCCCCAGCAAACUUGUGGCUAUUAUCUGCUCCUUUCUUGAGGGAGAGGUGAGUUUCAAAUAA